AAAUAUAGAAACAAAAAACAAGAUAAAGUGCAACACAGGGAAGGUACGAAACCUGACACAGGUACCAAUGGCAUGCAUGUCGGUGACACAUUACAUGCCAAUGCUCCGAGCAGUGGAGUCAUGUUUGAGCAUGGCCGAACUGAAGCAGCGCCAUUCCCUUCUCCUUCGUUUGGGUCUAUCUAACGAUAACCAUGCCAUGUCUCGCGUUGUCACCUUCUGCUGUCUCUCCGAAUAUGGAGACUUAAACUACGCUCUCAAAGUUUUCGCUACCCUUCCUAACCCAGAUACCUUUCUCUACAACACUCUCUUCAAAGCCUUUUAUCUCUCCCAAAUGCACGCAAAUUCCAUUUUUUUGUACUCCCACAUGUUGGAACAAUCCGUCAUGCCAAAUAGUUUUACUUUUCCGUCUGUUAUAAGGGCUUGUGAAGUUGAGGAAGGAAAACAGAUUCAUGCCCAUGUUGUUAAAUUCGGGUUUGGUGCGGAUAUCUUUGCUCUUAACAAUUUGGUAAACAUGUACUUUGGUUUUCGUUGCUUGGAGGAUGCUAGGAAGUUGUUUGAUAAAAUGCCUGUUCGAAAUGUGGUGUCUUGGACCAGCGUCGUUUCUGGGUAUUCUCAAUGGGGGUUCGUGGAUGAGGCUUUUCGUGUUUUUGAGCUCAUGCCUUGGAAGAACUCUUUUUCUUGGAAUGUUAUGCUUGCGGGUUUUGUGCAAAGCAACCGAUUUAAGGAGGCGUUUGAUUUGUUUAAUAGGAUGCGGGUGGAGAAGGAGGAGUUGGAUAAGUUUGUAGCUGCUACUAUGCUUUCUGCUUGUACUGGACUUGGAGCUCUUGAGCAAGGGAAGUGGAUACAUGGAUAUGUUGAGAGGAGUGGGAUUGAGUUGGAUUCAAAGCUUGGUGCUACCAUUGUUGAUAUGUAUUGCAAGUGUGGUUGUUUGGAGAAGGCGUUUCAAGUGUUUCGUGGGUUGAAAGAAAGAGGAGUUUCUUGUUGGAAUUGUAUGAUUGGAGGGCUUGCAAUGCAUGGGAAAGGAGAGGGUGCUAUUAGGCUUUUUAGGGAGAUGGAGGAAGCAGUGGUUGCACCUGACAGCAUCACUUUUGUGAAUGUGCUCACGGCAUGUGCUCAUUCCAGAUUGAUUGAGGAAGGACGUCAUUACUUCGGUUAUAUGAUUCGUGUUUAUGGCAUUGAGCCCACCAAGGAGCAUUAUGGUUGUAUGGUUGAUAUGCUUGCAAGAGAUGGAAGGUUGGAGGAAGCCAAAGAGAUCAUAAAUGAGAUGCCAAUGAGUCCUGAUGCCGGUGUGUUGGGUGCCCUUCUUGGAGCUUGCAGAAUCCAUGGGAGAAUGGAGUUGGGGGAGGAGGUAGGCAAGAGAGUGAUUGAAUUAGACCCUGGAAAUAGUGGGCGUUAUGUGAUACUAGCUAAUAUGUAUGCCAGUUGUGGUAAAUGGGAAGAAGUUGCUAGUGUGAGGAAAUUGAUGAAUGAUAGGGGAGUGAAGAAGGAACCGGGAUUUUCCAUGAUUGAAUUGGAGGGCACGGUGAAUGAAUUUGUUGCAGGAGGGAAGGAUCACCCUCUGGCUGAGGCAAUAUAUGCCAAAGUUGAUGAGAUGUUGGGAUCGAUUAGGUUGGUUGGUUUUGUUCCUGAAGCUGAUGGUGGGUUGCAUGAUCUUGUUGAGGAGGAAAGGGAGAAUCCCCUCUUAUACCAUAGUGAAAAACUUGCAAUUGCUUAUGGAUUGUUGAAGACUAAACGAGGAGAGACCCUUCGUAUAACCAAGAAUCUGAGGGUUUGUAAAGAUUGUCACCAAGCAAGUAAACUGGUCUCCAAGGUUUAUGAUUGUGAUAUAAUAAUAAGGGACAGGAACCGUUUCCACCAUUUUAGUAAAGGAGAAUGUUCUUGUAAAGACUACUGGUAACUACAAUUGUAAUCAGUUUCCAAUUUUUUUUGUUUCUUUUUUAUGUAUAAAUCCUGUAUAUCUCACCUGAAUUCAAAAGCAGCAGCAUGCUUAACAUAUGCCUAUGUAUCUAAUCAUCAGUUUUCAUACUUUAUAUUUAUGAGAAUGCUACAAGUGAAGUUGCGUAAGCUUAAAAUCUGUGUAUUCCUACAACUCAAGUGUCACGCUCCAAAAUUUGGUGAAUUCGUGUGAAAUGCCAAAACCUUUUUUUUCUUUCAAGACUCUAGAAGGUUGUUGGUAGCAACCAGGUUCCUUGUUUGGAUCUUAUAUUCCUGCUAAUUGCAUACUUUGGACCAUGCGUUGAGCAUAACAUUCCACUAGAGUGUACCUACGUUAGCCCAAGGAUUAAAAUGAGCUAUGCUCUCCCACUCAAUUCCUAAUAGGACGAAGAGUGUGCUCAGCUCAAAGCCAUUAAUUGAAUAUUUAGGGAAUCAAUUAAUCAGGUAUAUGAGGUUUGAUGGGGCUAGAAAUAUUAAUAAAUUUUGAAAUUCAACACAUUAAACAUAACAUUUUUCACGGAUCAUGUUUUGGAGAAGCGGAAUUCUUGUUUUGCUCAUCCACGCAGAGCAAGAACAUCAACUCAUCCAGCCUGAAUCACCCGAAAUUUGUUGUUUCUUUUUAAUUCACUCAUUCAUCAAAACUAUCAGUGUUGCGCAGCAACAAGCUUUGAACUGGGUCGUGCAUUUCUGAUUUAAGCUUUGAAUAUGAACAAGACUUGGAUGGGAUAGAUAGGUCUCUUUUAGUAGCCCAAGUGUUGAAGCACUCGUGACUAAGUCCCAUAUCGCUGAAGAGGAAAUAUCAAUCACUUGGGUUUUUAUUAUAAAAUGCACAAAUCAACCUAAAAGAACUCAUACCUUUCUCGGCCUUUUGGCUAAGAUCAAGUGUAGUAUCUGUUCUUAUCAGUUUAAUAUCUGAUACGUGGGCCAAUGGUCCACAUGAUAUUAAAUUAAUUUUUUGAAGGGGAGGGCCCAAUACAGUAGCUUGCUGCUGGGGCUCUCAAGCGUCGCCUAUGUCUUGCACUGCU